AUGGCCAUUUUGUGUUUCGUUAUGUUGUUUAAUUUACUUGCAUUAGGUAAAAAUGGUUUUGGCGCUCACGUCAUAAAAUUUGCGUCGCGCGUCAAUCGCUCCGUGCUUUUCACUCACGUGAAAGUCAUAAUUCGGCGUCUCGUUUGCGCUUCGAAUUUUAUCCAUAUCGUACCGACGCGCUGCGCGCUCUUAACUUCAAGGCAUACCUAUUGCAAGCCAAGUCGUCCGUCCGUAACUACGACUCCUGGAUAUGCGGCGGUGCUAUCGUCGACCGCUGGUUGAUCCUCACGUCCGCAGCGUGUGUGGAGGACGUACAGAACAUGUACGCAGUCGCCGGCACGGAGAAGUACGUGAAAGCCGACGAACUCGACCACGACAAGUGUACGCAAGCUUGGAGGCGGAAAGUUGUGUACACCUGUGUACCUGCUAUUUACAAUUUGGAAUACGGAGACGUUGUGAAGUGGUCGUACGACGAUGUCGCCGUGGUGAAGGUUGAGAAGCCCUUUAUUUUCGACGACAGGCACUGGUCGGAGUGUUCCUACAGCCCAGCCCCUAUACUCGUUAACUUCGACGUAAACUUUGAGAAGCCGGGGACGAAUGCCAUCGUCAUGGGCUGGGGACAUACCUCUGAAUGGAGAUCUCCAAAUUCCACAACGGAUUUGAAUCAAAGCGAGCUUCGGUACGCCUCAGUAUCAAUAUUGGAUACGGAAGAGUGCAAGAAAUCCUUUACAGAUCCCAAAAUGGGUCAGCAGAUAGAGGACUUUAUGAUUUGUACAUACCACGGCGGGAUAAUCGACGAGUAUGGCGUAAUUAAAUCACGCAAACUAAAUGAUGGAGAAAUCUAUGAAAAUCUUAACAAAACACAGGUACCCUACAAUACUAGUAAUACUGUGGAUAGAAAACAAUUUACCAACAUAAAGGUACAACAAAACUAUACGGAUGAUUCUCAUAGAAAUUGGAGUGAAAUCACGGAAUUUAGAAGAAAAGGCAUCUGUCAGAACGACCACGGUGGUCCUCUGGUCACUUGGAUCAAUGGCACGGAGCACGUGAUCGGAGUGGCUUCUGUGUUCCGCGUCGACCGCCAGUCGCACUGCGUCGGUCCCUUCCUCUACACCAGCACCGCUAAGAACAAAGACUUCAUACAGUGCAUCCUUGAGGACUUGGUGCACACUGACAGAAGGUCUCCUAGAAGACGUUCCAUGUGCGAACAACCAAAGAAUGGGAAAGGUUUCAUAAUUCUACGUCGCUAUAUAAAGUGGACUACGAAUUAUGAAAAAGACAGUGUGGCGUCAAACCUUAACAUUCAAUUGAGACCUCAGAUAUCUAUUAGCAACUACAGAGGAAAAUAA